AUGGCCGGAGCCGAGGGGCGGCCGUCGGAGCUGGAGCCCGUGGUGUCGCUGGUGGACGUCCUGGAGGAGGACGAGGAGCUGGAGAACGAGGCGUGCGCCGUCCUGGGGGGCAGCGACUCCGAGAAGUGCUCCUACUCGCAGGGCUCCGUAAAGAGACAAGCACUAUAUGCCUGUGGUACCUGCACCCCCAAGGGAGAAGAACCAGCAGGGAUUUGCCUAGCUUGCAGUUAUGAAUGUCAUGGAAGUCAUAAACUAUUUGAGCUAUAUACAAAAAGAAAUUUUCAUUGUGAUUGUGGAAACAGCAAGUUUAAGAAUUUGGAAUGCAAAUUAUUUCCUGACAAAGCAAAGAUAAAUUCUGGCAAUAAGUAUAAUGACAACUUUUUUGGAUUGUAUUGUAUUUGUAAGAGACCUUAUCCUGAUCCUGAAGACGAGAUUCCAGAUGAGAUGAUCCAGUGCGUAGUGUGUGAAGACUGGUUCCAUGGAAGGCAUCUUGGUGCCUCGCCCCCGGAGAGUGGGGAUUUCCAGGAGAUGGUGUGCCAGGCCUGCAUGGAGCGCUGCUCUUUCCUGUGGGCGUAUGCUGCACAGUGGGCAGUAACCAAAGUACCUGCUGAGGAUGAUGGGUUGGCUCUGAAUGUUGAUGGAAUAGGUGAUGAGGAAGUUACCAAACCUGAAAAUGGAGAGCAUCACGAUAGUCCCCUCAAAGAGGAUGUUCCAGAACAUGCAAAAGAUGCUGUCAAGGCAGUUAAAGCAGAGCAGACGAAUGAACCGUGUGCCAGCUCUAGUUCUGAAUCUGAUCUCCAGGCAGUAUUUAAGAAUCAACAUCUCAACCCAGAAUCACAGUCUGGCUGCAAAUUUCAGGAGCUUAAAGCUAAGCAUUUUAUGAAGAAAGACACUGCCACCUUCUGGCCCCUGAACUGGCGUAGCAAGUUGUGUACCUGCAAAGACUGUAUGAGAAUGUAUGGCGAUCUAGACGUCCUGUUCCUGACAGAUGAAUAUGACACAGUCCUGGCUUACGAAAACAAGGGCAAGGUUGACCAGGCGGCUGACAGGACAGAUCCUUUAAUGGACACCCUGAACAGCAUGAACAGAGUCCAGCAAGUGGAACUCAUUUGUGAAUAUAAUGACUUGAAGACUGAACUUAAAGACUACCUGAAGAGAUUUGCCGAUGAAGGCACGGUUGUAAAGAGAGAGGACAUCCAGCAGUUCUUUGAAGAGUUUCAGUCCAAGAAGAGAAGAAGAGUGGACGGGAUGCAGUAUUAUUGCAGCUAG